AUGCCGCCUCGACCUUUCCCGUUCCCGCUAGGCAUCGGCACAGACAUCGUGGACACGCGGCGCAUCCGAGGGAUAUUACUGAAAGGACAAUCGCAACCCGGCCACGCGAACCUCUAUCGUUUCCUCCGAGGCUUUCUUUCGUGGCGCGAACAAGCAAUCUUCUGGCAGGUGUUCCACCAAGGCCCUGAGGUUGUCUAUGAUGACUUGCCAAUGGCGGUCAGGUAUCUGAGUGGAAGAUGGGCGGCGAAAGAGGCGGCGAUUAAAGCUGUUGGGCAUCGCAGACUGUCCUUUCGACAUGUCCAGAUCCUACCCAGCUUGCCGCCGCCAAGAUCAGGACCACUGUAUGCACUUAUUCUGGACAAACCUGCCUCGGCGUACAACAGGACCGUGCAGAAGGAUGGUUCCGACAGCGAGGAGUCGCCCGAUGACAGCCUGUCGCCAAAUGAGACACCGAGCGGGCGCAACAGAUCUAUACUCACCACUGACCCGAUUCCUGGUGAGCUGCAAAAUGACGACGUGGACGGGCAGAUAGCAAAAAUUAGUAUUAGUCAUGACGGCGAGUAUGCUACUGCGGUGUGUUUAGCUGUGGAGGAGCCUAGAGAGGGCGAUGUUGGAGCUCCUGGGCCGCAUGUAGAUGAACAGGACGUGAUCGCUGCUGGACGGUGUCCUGUGCCUGAUCUCCGGACGGACAAUGAGUAUCCUGUCGCAGCAGAUUUCUGGACGGCACUGACACGGGAAGUGACGGCUGUACGAGCGGCUCUCGAGACGCCAGACGAGGAUGAUGGCUGUUAUGUCGGGCGACCAGAUGAAGCUGAACAUAUCCACUGCCUGCCAGGAGCCCUCUCUCAGGACUCCCGCUUGAAGGAUGUGCUGUUCGAGGUGUAUCGAGAACGCGUGGACAGCGUCUUCAAGCCUGUGAUAUUUCCCAGAGUGAUGCAAGAUCUGAUCGGUACUCAAGAUCAGUCGUCGCCACAAGCUCUCAUGGUCGCCAUCCGCUACAUGGCAGUAUGCAGUCUUAGUGAAUUCGAGUGCGUGCAGCUGCUGGGGCAAAAGCAAGAUAUCGUCCUCGAUAGCUACCGGCAUGCUACGGAAUCUGCGAUCUCCGCAGCGAGGAUACUCGAAGCGCCAACCGUACGAGGCCUACAGGCAUUUGUGAUCUAUCUGCAAGCACUGAGGACACGCCGAGGUCAUGCGCUGAAUUGGACACUGCUUGCUGUAGCCGUACGCCUGGCAAGCGCAUUACAGCUUGGGAAGGAGGAUCCUAACACAAUGGACUUUGAGACGCUGGAGUCUCGUAGACGACUGUGGUAUAGCAUAUGCAUCAUGGACACACAGGCCACGCUCGAUCGAGGAUCCGCGCCUAUGAUAAGGGCAAGCGCUCUUGGUCCGCCACCCCUAGAUAAUGACGACGUGGAAUGCAUGUCGAUCAUCACGCCUCCAGCCAAGCCAUCAUAUGGUCCUAAGUUCACAGACAUGACUUUCACGACCAUGACGAAUCAAGCCAUGGUCUGCCAUAAGAGACUAUGUGAUGUUCGAUGCACCAACGAACAAGACUGGGAAAGCUGGAACAAAAAGUUGCAAAUCUUCAACGACCUCGAAGCCUCAUACGAUCGCAGCUACCUCUCCAUCGACCUCAGCAGUGCCCGUCCGAUCGAGAUACUGACUCGAUACGCCGCCGAAACCAUCCUCGCCUGUACACGCCUCCUUCUCCGUCGACCACCCUUCAUCCAACAAUACAACGCCAUCCCACCUUGGGAUGACUUCAACCCCAUGCUCGCCGCGACAGACGUGCUAGAACGGCAUCUGCGAUUCGAGUACCGUGAACUAGCACCCUGGGCGUGGAAGGAAUGGCCGCCGUUGUACGCACUAGCUGUGGCUCUAGCUGAAUUGUGUCGAAGCCCGUCUGGUCCGGAAGCCAAUAGGACAUUUGUCGCUUCGUGUGGGAUCUUCAGGAGGUAUUCGUGUUUGCCGAAUGAUGAUCCUGAUCAGGGGAUGCUUUGGAAGCCGAUUGCAAAGUUGCUGAGGAGGGUCACGAGACUGCGUAGUGAGCAUCUAGCACUACCGCCAAAGGGACUGUCAAACCCAGCUCAGCUCGAUGCGGUACAGUUGGCCUUUGACGGGAAUGAUGGUCGUGCAUCCGACGUUGAUGUGCCGAGGAUCUAUGGUAUGGAUGAUCUAGAUGCCUGGCUGAAUGAGAACAAUGCUCUGUUCAGCGACAGUACAAUACCAGCAGCACAAGACGAAGGUGGAUCGGCUACGACAAUUUUUGAUCUGAACCCCGAGCACGGUGUCUCCUGGCUGGACUGGGACGCCCUGAUCAACGACAAAGCCGAGCCACAUCCAUCUAGGAAAAGCACAAGUCUCUACAGGAAAGGCUUGACAACCUCAGAAUCAAUCCUUCCAAUCCGCCCCACGACCUCCUCCCAUAGCGUUUCGGCCAUUCUUUGUCCACGCUCACUAUCCAUAUAA